AUGGGCUUUUCUGAGCUGAUUCUGGAAAUGGUUAGACCAAAAACGAUCGACAAAUUGGAAGUCUACGUGCCCAAAGAAGGCGCUAAUGGUGAAGAAGUGGAAAGUUUUUACACAAAGCUUUUUAGCACCUCUGGAUUCAGCACUGCAAAAGAUGUUUAUUUUGGUUGUGAGCUAAUGGACUAUUGGAAAAUCGCCUCGAAAUUGCGAUGUCAACACGCUGGGUUGAGCAUUGAUGAGCCGGAGAAACUAAUGAAUACUUUUAAAGAUAUUUUGAGGAAAGGACUCCCAAAUCAGCAUGAGAAAGCGUCGAUUCAACUUCACGGAAAUCUCGGAUUUGCUCAACAAUCGACGGAAGUUUUUUCGAAUUUUGUGGAAACGGUGGCUGAAGUCUCGGGAAUUAAGAUCAUAAAGCCAGACGACUUGGAUUCUGUAGAAGUUGAGGCUUUGAAGAAGCUUGCUUUUCACGCAACCAAUCGUUACACAUACGAAAAUCUUCACACUCUACAAAUCUCUCGCCCUGAACUGAAGCGAAUCUAUCGACUAGAGCAGACAGUGACAGAAAGAAGUGGGGAAAAGUUUUUCACUUUGAAUUUCGACGGAAAUGAGUACAUUUUGAUGAUUUGUGUUGAGGAUUUGAGAUCAGAGUUGUGGCCUUCCGUAAAAGUUUCUCUUGUUUUUAUGCCUAGGACAAUACCC